AUGACAUAUUCCAAUGGAAGUCGCUAUCAGGGUUAUUGGAAACACGGUUGUUUAUAUGUCAAUCAUAUCAAUAUCUCUCAACUAAUUGAUGAAAUGAGAAGUUUUAACAACGAAAUCGAUGAUACAGGUUCGUUGUAUCAGCGUAGUGUCAAAAUAAGAAAACUGAAAUAUUACAUUUAUAUUCAAAUAAUCGACAGUGAAGUUCAUUAUUCUCAAUUGUGUACAGUCUUACUAACUGUUUUGGAUUGGCUACAGCCAGAACAAGGCAAUUUAUUUAUAAAUGAAUUUAUUCCCCAUACUGCAUAUCAGUGGAACAUUCUGCUUGUUGCAGCUAAAAAUGGGUUUGUUAAUGUCGUAGAGCUCUUACUUAGAAAGUUUAAUGUGAAUACAGAAAUCGAAGGAAUUAUGGAAUAUGACAAUCAGUUAGUACCCGGAGCAACGGCUAUAUGGUGUGCUGCAGCAUCCGAUCAUCUUAACAUUGUCAAAUUAUUAAUUUUCCACGGUGCGAAUAUUAAUCAUUGUACUCGAUCAAAAUCGACGCCACUGCGUGCAGCAUGUUUCUUUAACCGGCUUGAAAUUGUUAAAUGUCUGAUCGAGAACGGAGCCGACGUCGAACAAGUUAGUUUGGAGAAGAACACAUGUUUGAUGAUAUCGUCAUACCGAGGACACUUGGACGUGUGCCAUUAUCUACUAAGUAAGGCUGUUGAUGUUAAUGCCAGAGAUCUGGAAGGAGCUACACCGUUGUAUUAUGCGUGUAAAAAAGAUCAUUUUGAAAUCGUCAAACUGUUAGUUGAUAACGGUGCAAUUAAUUCGAUAAACUCGAAAGGGGAAACGCCAUUAAAAAUUGCUGCUUUAGCGCCUCAAUCAACCAUCGUCGAGUAUCUUGUGAAUUUGCCCGAUUACUGUUCAGUGAUUGAGCGGAUUGAGGCCCUUGAGUUGUUGAGCACUUCCUUCUGUAUGUACAGUGACGCCACAUACGACAUUGCCCGAACAUACAAUUAUCUGUCACAAGCGAUGCAUUUAAGAUACGUCGAUCAGCAUGAACCGUUCCUUAAAAUAAUUUUACCGUCGCCAGCAAUUUAUGAGAAUUACACCGAAUGUGAAACGCUGAAAGAACUCGAACAAAUUCAAACAAUGAUCGAUUGA